AGGAAAAAGGUGAAAAAGAAAAAAGAAGGGGAAAAAACAAACGGGAAGACCCUUCGGAUCCCUUGCAGGAGAAGAACCCCCAAUCGAGCAGCUCCCGCAUCCGCCGAUGGCGCAGGACCCCGACUCCACCCCGAGCCUCCUCGACUCCCUGGGCGAGGAGAUCAUCCGCAUCGUCGCCCCCGUCUCCGCCUGCAUGCUCCUUGUCGUCCUCCUCGUCUCCACCCUCUCCUCCUUCUCCUCCCCCUCCUCCCUCUCCUCCCUCAUCGCCACCGCCUACUCCGACCCCUCAUCCUCCUCCUCCAUCUGGGACAAGCUCUCCGGCGCGCUCCUCAGCUCCCUCGUCUUCGUCGCCUCCGUCACCCUCAUCACCUUCCUCCUCGUCCUCCUCUUCUACUUCCGCUGCACCCGAUUCCUCAAAUCAUACAUGGCCUUCUCCUCCUUCGUCGUCCUCGCCUUCCUCGGUGGGGAAGUCAUCCUCCUCCUCGUCACCCACUUCGAUUUCCCCAUCGAUGCUAUCACCUUCUCCCUUCUCCUACUCAACUUCUCCGUCGUCGGGGUCAUGUCGGUCUUCAUGGCCAAGAUGCCGAUUUCCAUCAACCAGGGGUAUUUGGUCAUCAUCGGCGUGCUCGUCGCCUACUGGUUCACUCUCCUUCCGGAGUGGACCACCUGGGCUCUCUUGGUCACCAUGGCACUCUAUGAUCUUGCCGCCGUCUUGUUGCCCGGUGGACCGCUGAGGCUUCUUGUGGAGCUUGCAAUCUCUCGGGAUGAGGAGAUACCAGCAUUGGUGUAUGAGGCGAGGCCCGUGGAGCCUCUCCCGGGUGCGAGGAGGAGAUUGUGGAGGGAAAGAAGAGAUUUUGGUACGAAUUCCGGUUCUAAUUCCAACCCUUCAUCGCUUGGAUACAUGUUUCGGCAGACAGAUGAAAGGAGAGAUUUUGGUACCAAUUCGAGUUUAAAUUCCAACAAUUCGAUGACUGGAGAGGUGUUGCCGGAGACGAGGUUGGUUAUCAGUGAACAGGAGUCUGCUGGGGACUCUUCGGUAUCAGAGUUAAGAGCACCCUUGUUGCAGACCCAAUUAGAUAGUCAUGGAGAACAGGAGAUUGAAGGAAUUGGAUUGGGUUCGUCGGGGGCGAUCAAGUUAGGGUUGGGGGAUUUUAUCUUUUACAGCGUCUUGGUUGGGAGGGCAGCGCUGUAUGAUUUCAUGACAGUGUAUGCUUGUUAUCUUGCUAUUAUAGCUGGACUGGGUAUCACUCUGUUACUUUUAGCAUUUUAUCGGAAGGCAUUGCCUGCUCUUCCGGUGUCUAUAAUGCUUGGUGUGUUGUUUUAUUUAUUGACUAGGGUCUUGCUAGAGGUGUUUGUGGUCCAGUGUUCAACAAAUCUAUUGAUGUUUUAGAAUGAAAUUACUGUUUAAUAGGAGGAAAUUUAGCCUAUUCCUGUAUGAUGCUUUCUGUAAUUUCCACUUCAAAUGCAAAUGCAUAGAAAAACUCAAUGGGAUUUUCCAUGGGUUGAUAAAUUUAUGAUAGCA